UACCUUACGUUUAUAUAGUCCCACGAGGUGGGAAAGCAAGAGCAUUAAAUCGUCGACCGUCAGAGUGACACGCUACUCGCACGCUACCGACAAAAUGAAGUCUUACACAUUCCGAUUAACUCUACUUUUGGUACUGAUAUUCGCAGUAGCACAUCUGACAGCUGAGGAAUGUCCACCAGAGAAUUGUGUGCCUGAAGAUCAAUGUUCUAUAAAAGUUCAAAAUGGAGGAACUUGUACGAAUGGUAACAAAUGUUGCAGUGUAGUUAAAACCGAAUACAAAACACACUGUCGUCAUUUCUUUGGAGCCUGUUUAAACAAAUGCAACGAUAGAGUUUGGAUACGUGAAGCUGUCGACUGUGCAGACAAUCAACGAUGUUGUAUUUUAAUUUAAAUUUCAAACUAAUCAUAAGAAUCAGAAGAAGAGAAGAAGGAACAAAUCUAAAAGAGAUACAAUUACCAACUUCCUUUCUUUCAUCGAUCGAUCUGUAACAGAUCACUUGGAACGUUGUAUGAUAUUAAGUGAUAAUCCCUAGGGGAAAUUGAAAGAUUUCGUAAUUGUCUCAUCGUCAUAUACGUAUACGCACCUACGCAUAAACACACAUACACAUACGCACACAUGUACACAUGCGUUCGUGUUAAAUUCAGAGACGCGUGCCGUACAUGAUCGUGUGCCAAAAUGAAAGCGAGUCGACUGGUUUUACAAUUAUAACGGGAUUCGAUUUACAACGAGUCCUUUUUGCGUGACUCGCCCAUUUAAAUGGGUCUUCCAAAUCUCAACAACACUAUGUCUCGAUCAAUCGCAAUCUACUAUAUCCUUGAUUUUUCUUUUUUAAUCCUUUUUAAUAAAUUUUUUAUAUCUAAAUAAGAUGAUCUAACAGGAUGUACAUACACGAGAUAAACGUUUGUAAGACAAUUAAAAAUAAGAAUAAAGAUGUCAAUAGCGUUAAUAAAACUAAUGAUAAGACAAAACAAAAAAAAACGAAAAAAGAUUCUUAACCAAAACUCAUGUCCAAUUAUAUCGCAUCCGAUCUCGAAGCCAACCGGAUUAUUUUCUUUAGACAUCUGCGACGUUACAUAAUCUAUGCGGACUUAAUAAUAACGAGAUAGGAAUUCAAAGAGCGAUCAUUAUCUAAAUAUGAUUACGAUAGGAAUCUAUAUGCUCGAUGAUAAUCAAAAAAAAAAAAAAGAGAAAAAAAUAAAGAAAAAGAGAAAAGAAAAAAAUCACAACUUGACUCUUGGUGAACUUUGUCGAAAUCAUCGGAACUUGAAGAUGAUUUCCGUACGUGCUUGAAAUAAAAAAAAAAGAAAGAAAGAAAGAAAGGAAGAAAGAAGAGUUAAAAAAGUAGAAGGAAGAAAGAAAAGAAAAAAGAAAGAAAGAUAGAGAGAGAGAGAGAGAGAGAGAGAGAGAGAGAGACUGUUCGAAAGAAAAAGAGAGAAAGAGAGAAGGUAAGAACAGAAAAGGGAGUGACCUGUAGUAAAAGAGCAAGUAAGAAGAAGAAGAAGAAGAGAGGAAAAAGAAGAGAAAGUAAAAGAGAAAAAGAUCGAAGAAAAGAAGAUCACCCAAGGCAAUGCAGUCGAACGCGCCGAUAGCUCGUAUGUGUAUGUGUGUGUACGAGCGCGAACGAGUGUUGGCUCACGAGCGCGCGCGUUUUCUAUAGAUGUAUGGGUACGUGUAGGUGUGUCUGUGUGCUGGGUUCAUGUACGUACAUAAAAGAAGAGGACGUUCGGUUAUCCCGGAGGCCGAGAAGCGGCAGAAUCAUGCAGUCUCUCUCUCUCUCUCUCUCUCUCUCUCUUCUCUUCCCUCUUACCCUCUCCUCUAACUAUGGAAGGAAGAAUAGCCGGAGGGUAAACGUGGAGGUGUGUAUUCCAUCGCGAGUGCGGUGGAGCCACGGUCGCCGUGCCUCAGGCACGGAAACGAGGAGAGAUAGCGGCGAUCUCUUCGUCUCCUUCUUCUCCUCUUCUUCCACUUCCUCCACCUCCUCGCUAUGCUGGAAGGUUAUGAGAAGAGAUAGAAAGAGAGAGGGAAAGAGAGAGAAACUACGUUACCCUCGGGCUAACCAACGAGACGAUGCGCUCCGUGAUGCUUCAGGCAACUCCAGACCGUGCUUCUCUCUUCUCUCUUCUUUUCUUCUUCUCUUCUUUCCUCUCCUCUCUUCUCCUCUCCCACUCCUUUCCUUCCCUCUCUUACCUCCCUCCUUCUCUAUCUCCUUUCCAACCUGACCUGUGGCUAUUCUUCCUCACCCCCAACCAUCUCCUUUCCGUUACCCACGCUCUUUCUUCCUACCCAUCUCUUCUCCUCCUCAUCCUCCUCCUCCUCCUCCUCAUUCUCCUUUUUCUCAUCCUCCUACUUCUCCUUUUCUUCUUUCUCCUUCUUCUUCUUCUUCUUCUUCUUCUUCUUCUCCUUCUUCUUCGUCUUCGUCUUCGUCUUCUUCUCAUCCUUUUAUUUUCCUCUUUCUCUCGUUCAGUCUUGAACGAGCAACCCUCUUGAUCCUCUAAUAAUUCCACCGCCAAGAUUUCUUCACAUGGCUAAAGUUUUGCAUAUUACACAGGGUGUACCUAAGUACCUGGGACUUGCCGUUCGAAGGACUCGAAACAUGGAAACGGCAAGAAUCCUCUUUCUUAAUAUCUGCAUUUUUCAAUACUUCGAUCAUAUAGGCGUAAGUAAUUUCAAUAUUUCCACGCUUAAAAAUACAUUACUUCUUUUACGACAGAAUAAAUUUACGAGAAAGAUUUUCUUAAUGACCAUGAAAAGAUUCUAAUAGUCCUUGUCCUUGUCAAAAAUUCCAUUCAUUUCCUAGAUUCAUUUCUAAUCGAUUGCACUUGCAAUGAUUCCAAUGUUUUAUUACGACAAGUCAAACGUGGCAAUAAAUUAUUAUCUGUAAGUCGGAAACGGGGUCAAUAGAAAGAACAUGGUCAUAUUAUUAAAUACGUUCGGAUCGUAAAUGUUAUUGUAUUCAAAUCGCCGUAAUAAUUAAUCGAUAUAAUUUAUAAUAGUGAUCCCCAAUAUCGAUCUUACAGACAUAUUUUAUACAACAGGCUAUCCUUGUCAUUUUCAUUUCCAGUUUGUUCUACUUUUUUUUUUCUUCCUUUCUUUCUUUUUUUCUUUCUUUCCUUGAGAAAUUUCGAUAAGACACAUUUGUUAUUCGCAUGUUCCGGGCCACUCUUCUUUCCUCCGGCCAAAUAUCUAUCUAUCCUCUUUCACGAGACGUGCGCGCGUGCGCGCUCUAGCGCGCUUACUUAGAGGGAGUAACGAUGCCCUGAGGCUUCCUCGUGCGUUGCGGCUUCGUAACGAUAAGCAACGAAAUGAAAUAUUAAUGAAGUACCACCGGCGCACGGCGACCGUUUUUCGCGAACGUUUCACCACCGAUUACGUUCGUGGAUACCGCGGAAGUCAUCAACAAUCAAUCCGAUAAUUCGAGUCGACGCGUGCCGAAUAAAAUGUUAUAGGGAAAAUGAUGUCUACGUCAAUCAAAUAAAAAAAAAAAAAAAGAAAAAGAAAAGAAAAAAAGAAACUAUUUAACAGAAAGCUAACAACGUAUUUUCCAAAUCGAAUCUUCUUAUCUGCAAAUCAUAUUGCACUUGAGUAUCGAUAAGAUCCCUACGAUUAACUAAUUGAAAUAUAUAAUUUGAAAUAUUUUAUCUUCCUAUCGAAUGUUUUCUUCGCCGAAACAAAUAGAUAACAAAUUAUUUGUGCGAACUCGAUUACGUAAUCGGAAAUGAUAACGAUCAGGAAUCGAUCUUUAUCCACGAGUGAUUUUCAAGCUAUUACGUUCGAUAUCCUCGAGGAAUUUAUCAGAUAUAUGUAUUUAAAAAAUGUCGGUCGCGAAUAAAGCGAUCAGUAUUAAUAUGUGAAUACCCAUUAAAAUAUCAGUCGUGUAAAAUACGAAAUGUACUAUAUCAUCAUAGAACAAUCUUGCAAACACUUCGCGUUCUACGUUCUACGUUACGAAAUCGAUUGUGUUCUUCGUUGAAUCUUAAAUAGUUAAGAAAACGAUGAGAACAUACUUGACGUGAAAUCGAAAACGGAGCGAGAUGUCCUUGGAUAAUGGUAUCGAUACCGCAAAUUAACAUAUCUACAGAAUAAAAAAUAUUAUUACGUACGUAUAAUCAAAAAAGGGAAGAGAGAGAGAGAGAGAGAGAGA